AGAAUAAUCCUAAUCCACUUGAGCCUUGUUGUCUUGAUUAAAAGAGCAUGUGGGCUGGAGAGAGCACUUAAAGCCGCUCACAAUACGUGUAAAUUGGAGAGCUGCAAAGUCUGGUAACGAGCAGUGUGGCUGAAGCGCAGCUGGCAAGAGCAAGUUGAGUGCUGUCAGGCUACUGGAGUACAACAAGGGAACAUUUGCUCAGUCCUUCCAUUCAUCUCAUAUUAGUGUUUGUCUCUUUAUACCGCUGUGUCUGACAUAAUGAGCCAUGAUUACAGAUUCACCCAGUUUGGCGAGUCUCAGAAAAGAUGUCUCAAAAAGAUGUAAAUGAAAGACGUGGAUACAGACAUAUAACAAGUUAACGACCAAGAAACAGAUACAGAAAGCACACACCUUCAGUAUCCCUCCUAGUGGAAACAGCAACAGCAAUUGAGUUGUUUACACGGCUAUCGCAAGGUAAAGUGGAAAGUGACAUCACACACAGACAGCCGGAAGAACGGAAGGCCAUGGGAUGUGGUAUCUCGUUAAACAACGAUUACUCUUUAAUAAAGAAGACAGAGAGAGCAAUGAAAGCGGCUGUCCUCAUCCAAAGGUGGUAUCGUCAAUAUGUGGCUCGCAUGGAGGUUCGACGGAGAUGCACCUGGACCAUCUUCCAGUCCAUCGAGUAUGCAGGCGAGCAGGACCAGAUCAAGUUGCAAAACUUUUUCACUUACCUUAUGGAUCACUUCACACCAACUAACAGUAACCAAAGGGACCUGAUCGCUCACAUCUUCACUGAGGAUGAGAUCUACAAGGAGACUGAACUGGAGAAAUACUUUGACCAUGAAAGCAUCGAGCUGCCAGAAUCGUACACAGGACCUCACAUUGAUUUCCCUCUCACUGCUGCCCAUGCAGCUUCCUUAGUGGAAGCCUUCAGACACAAGCAACAGCUCCAUGCUAGAUACGUCCUGCAGCUUUUACACGAAACCUUGAAACACCUCAAACUGCUGCCAAAUAUCAACCGGGUCUGUACCUGCUUCUGCGAGGAGAUUACUAUCUGUGGUGACUUGCAUGGGCAGCUGGAUGACUUGCUGUUAAUAUUUUAUAAGAAUGGCCUACCAUCUGUUGAAAAGCCCUAUAUCUUCAAUGGAGACUAUGUGGACAGAGGCAAGAACUCAAUUGAGAUCCUGUUGAUUCUGUUUGCAUUCUUACUGGUUUAUCCCAAUGAAGUCCACAUGAACAGAGGAAACCAUGAAGAUUACAUUGUAAACCUGAGAUACGGCUUUACCAAGGAAGUGAUGCAGAAAUACAAGAUGCAUGGCAGGAAGAUUCACAAGCUGCUCCAGAUCGUGUUCAGCUGGAUGCCUCUGGCCACGGUGAUCGAUCAGAAGGUCUUAAUAACUCAUGGAGGGAUCUCCGACACCACCGACCUGGACAUCAUUGCCAAAGUCGACAGACACAAAUAUGUUUCUGUCUUGAGACCCCCAAAGAAGAAAAAGAGGCACAAUAUGGCAGAAGCACUUUCUAUAAGAGGGGGUCGAACGAGUGAAGGAGACAUUCAAACCACAAACAUGGACUCUCGUCCGUCCUUGAGGAGGCUCUCCCUGACCUCAACCCUCUGCUACAGCCCUGGCACCAGGAAGAGAAGUCCGCAUGACAUCUCAAGAAAGGUGCGUCGCUCCGUGGAAGAGGAGCUGGAGAAGUGUCGUCGGCAGGUAGGCUUCUCCGAACCUUACGAAGAUGGCAAGUUCUCCCUAUCCUUUUCCGAAUCGGAUUCGGAAUCCUUCGAGGUCUGUGAAUCGGAUAACGCUGAAUGGAAGCAGAUUGUGGAUAUUCUGUGGAGUGACCCCAUGCAUCAGGAGGGUUGUGUUCCGAACGCAGUGAGAGGCGGAGGGUGUUACUACGGGCCAGACGUGACUGAGAAAGUCCUGAGCAGACACAACAUCCAGCUUCUCAUCCGAUCCCAUGAGUGCAAGCAAGAUGGCUACGAGUUCUGCCAUAACAGAAAGGUCUUGACCAUUUUUUCUGCAUCUAAUUACUAUGAACUUGGCAGUAACAGAGGAGCCUAUGUCAAGUUGGGCCCAGAUCUGAUUCCUCAUCUUGUACAGUACCAAGUCAGCAGAACCACACGCAAGUUAACUAUGAAGCAAAGGGUUAGCAGAGUCGAGCGGUCAGCACUCAGAGCUCUGAGAGAACAGUUAUUUUCACACAAAUCCGAUCUCAUCAGUGCCUUCGAAAAAUAUGACAAGAAUAAGACAGGCAGGAUAUCCCUGAAUGACUGGGCGACUGUGGUUGAAUCAGUGCUGCAUCUGGGCCUGCCCUGGAGGGUGCUGCGCUCCCAGUUAGUGCAGAGUGCUCCUGAAGGCCUCCUCGAGUACCAUGCCUGGUUUGAUGACCUUGCAAUAGAACAACCAACUACAGAGCAUGUACACCAAAGCCUGCUGGAAACACUUUACAGGAACAGGUCCAACCUGGAGACCAUCUUCAGAAUUAUUGAUAGCGACAACUCAGGUCUGGUUUCAUUUGAAGAGUUUUGUCAAACAUGGAAGCUGCUCAGUUCUCAUCUAAACAUGGAGAUCAGCAAUGAAGCCAUUUCAGACCUAGCUCGCAGCAUCGACUUCAACAAAGAUGGAAGCAUAGACAUCAAUGAGUUCCUGGAGGCGUUCCGCCUUGUAGAUAAAAUCCACUAUACAGAGAGAGAGGGAAGCCUGCUGUUAACAACUCCCGGAGAUCUACUGUAAAUGGACCAAUUAUUCAGAGCUCUGCUGGAAAUGGACCGAGUAUUCAGAGAUCUACUGUAAAAGGACUGAUUAUUCAGAGCUCUACUGGAAAUGGACCGAUUAUUCAGAGCUCUACUGUAAAUGGACCGAUUAUUCAGAGCUCUGCAGGAAAUGGACAGAUUAUUCAGAGCUCUGCAGGAAAUGGACAGAUUAUUCAGAGCUCUGCUGUAAAUGAACCGAUUAUUCAGAGCUCUACUGUAAAUGGACCGAUUAUUCAGAGCUCUACUGUAAAUGGACCGAUUAUUCAGAGCUCUACUGGAAAUGGACCGAUUAUUCAGGAACUUGGUUUCAUGACAGCUAUUUAUCCACUUGCUCCAAAGAUGAUUGUGGCACUUUAAAAUAUAGGGUUAAUGAACAAAAGGAAAACCAAAAUAUGGGCAGCCUGAUUAUUGACAAGAUAUAAAAGCACCUGGCUAGAAAGCUACGCAGUCAGUUUUUUGGACUCAAGACAGGAGAGGGAGUGCCUGCAAGGAGCCGUUACAAAGCUCCUGUUAUUUUGCCUGCUUCAACUGCUAGUUGUUUUUUGUUAGCACUCCAGUAAGAGCAAGGCUUUUGUUUUCUCUUUUACAUUUGUUAAGUAUUUUGUUUUACUCUUUACCUAAGUGCUCACCAUAUAGUUGUUUACUACAUAUAGCUGAGGAGUGCUUCCUGACACAAGGCCUGACCCCUUUCACACUGCUCAUGUGUAUUGUAUCAAUGACUUUUAUUAUUGGCUAGUUUCACAGAUCCCAAUUAGAAAUAAUCUUGGAUCUUGUAGUAUGUAAGGUAUUCCUAGUCAAUGAUCUAAAUUGUAUUAUUUUGAAAUAAAUAAAAGGGUAAGACAUAUAUGCAAUAACAUUUUCUAAAAAAAUGAAUGUGGUGAGGGGAAAACUGAUUGGGCCGUCCAAAUUUGGACAUAAUUGGACACACUAAAUAAAAUAAAAAAGAUAAUUCUUGCAGUAGUCCUUGUGUGCCUCAAAUGUUCUUCAGUUAGCAUAGGUAGUUAGACAGCCUUGAUUACAAACAACAGUAUUGUCUGGCAUAUGAACAUGAAUAUAAAGCAACAUGAUGGGACUACUGGGGCAAGUCAGGACACAGGUUGAUGGCUGGCAGAUCAUCUGUUUUGUUUUGUUCCUAGAAGCAUAUGCAGCACAAAUAUAAAAACACACUGAGUCCCAACCAAAGCAGACCAAGUGAGAAGUCUACUGACCCCUGUGGAAACAAAGACACACAGAAAGCCAUCACUUUCAAACCUUCAAAAAGCCAUCACUUUCAAA